UCAACAAGGUAGAGCUUCUCUUCGUCCAUGGCGUGCUGCAUCAAACUCAAUCUCAACGUUGAUGUCAACCGUUGCCUAAGUGGGCUGUGGGCAACGCUGCAAUUGGGAAGGCCAAAAUUUGCUGUCAAGAAAUUGGAAAAGGAAAUGCCAAGAUUGCAAGGCAAAAGAGACGACAUCAAGAACCAGAUCAAUGAGGCGGAGCUCGAAGGGAAAAUUCCGACCAACGAAGUGAAGCAGUGGCUGCGAGAGGUUGAGAUCUUGGAACGCAAAGCAGCUGCCAUCGAGCAGGAUUUCCAAAGCAUGAGUUGCUUCAGUUGCAAUUGUUUCAAUCGAACUGGCGGCACGUCGAGUAAACCAAAAGAAGCUUUUGCUGCAAAUAUUCAAGAGGAAGAAACACAGCGAGCAGGAGAUGAUGUUCCCAUCACAGAGUCAUCAAACUGCUGCUCCAUCAGCUGGAGAGCGGUGAAAACGCUCGACGAGGCUAAUGAAUUGAUGAGCCGAGCUGGUCAACUGGAUCCGAUUGCCACAGUUGGGCCUCCAGAACCCGCCGUGAUGCUUCCCAUCUCACACCGACCGCUCGUUGGGAUCGAGUCGUAUGUGGAGGACAUCGUGCGCUACGUCAAUGGUGGAGAAAGCAACAUUAUAGGCAUCUACGGAAUGGGAGGUGUCGGUAAGACGACCAUGUUGAAGAGGAUCCAGCAACACUAUCUUCUUAAGCAUACCAUAUUUGAUCGUGUCAUUUGGGUUGCGGCCUCCAAAGACUGCCAAUUGAAAAGGCUCCAGAUGGAUAUUGCCGAGAGUCUAGGACUGAAGACGCUGCAGGAGAGUGAUGAUGAACGAACUCGUGGUGAUAAGCUGUUUAGCUACUUGAAGAACAGGAACUGCUUGCUGCUUCUCGAUGACAUUUGGAAACAAGUGGAUCUUCAACUGUUGGGGAUGGCGCACUCGGCUGCUGAGCCAGGCCAGCAGAAGCAGCCGCGCAAAGUCGUGGUGUUCACGACCCGUAGCAAGACAGUGUGUGCACAAAUGAAACCAGAAAAGACGAUCAAAGUGAAAUGUUCCGACACGGGGAGAAAAUACGAAGAUCUUUUUUUUAGACGGAAUUUGAAAUGA